AUGCCGUUUAUGGACUCAUUCCGGCCACCGCAGCCGACACUUCGGCUAGGCGACUAUGUCAUCGGAGAAACGAUUGGUCAUGGAACUUUCGGCAAAGUCAAACGUCGGUCAUCGAAAUAUAAUUUUCUAAAAUCGGAACUCUUUUCGAUCAGACUUUCGAUCAAAAACUAAGUAAAAAACGAAAAAAAGCCCGAUAUUAAGAAAAAAAUAAAUCAAAAUUUCUAAAAAGAAAUAACACUUCUAAAAACACAUUUCCAGUUGGACACUACGUAAAAACGGGCCAAAAAGUCGCCCUGAAGAUUAUGAGCCGGCAGACAAUCAAAUCCAUGGACAUUGUCAGCAAAAUCCGCCGCGAAAUCGAGAACCUGUCCGUCUUGGACCAUCCGCACGUUAUAAAGUUGUAGGUUUUCAGUAAAUCCGUGUCAGAAAGGGUAAUAAUAAACUUCGACUUUUUUUAAGGAGAUUUUUCCGAAAAAUGGUUCAAAAACAAAGGAAAAAAAUAAUUUUUUUAGAAGCGAGAUGAAGGUUUUGAAUUGUCUCUUACUUUCAUUGGUUAUGAUAGUCGAAGUGAAGUACUUCGGGGAAAAUGAGGGUUUUACUGAGAAGAGGCAAGAAUUUUCAACUUCAAGGAAAUAAAAAAUAACCACGAGGGUCGCCGUAACCAUCAAGCUCAAAAGUAGAAGAACAUGGAAAGAUUUCUAUUUUUGGCAUGUUGCUAUUCAAUUUUGCUCUUUUUCGAUUCCAGGUACAAGGUGAUCAGCACAGCCACCGACAUUUUCAUGAUCAUGGAGUACGUGGCCGGCGGCGAACUUUUCUCCUACAUCGUCAAAUGUGGCCGAGUGAAUAUCCUAUUCAUUUCUUCCGAAUGCGUUGAUUUACUCAGUCAGAUGGUUGAAUUCAAACUUCAAAAAGGCAAUGUGCCAAUCAUUUUAUAACAUCCUGGUCGCACUUGGAGUGACUAGAAACGUCGCGGUCAGUCACCGACUUGAAACAUCAUUAUUUCCACGCUUUGAUGUUUUCCAGUCCAAAGUCGUUUCAAGUCGGGUGCGCUUCCGUUUAGCCAUUUCAUGUGUGGCUAUGAAAAUUCAUGGACGGGGCGACCCAACAAGCAAAAAUGAAAAUGAGUGAAAAUCUAGAAAAAAAAGGGGGAAAAAAAUUAAGAAAAAGUAGAUCUCUGGAAAAUGUGACUGCCUGGCGAGUCUGGUCGCCCGAGGGCGCGUUGAAGUUGCCCUGGGGGACCCGCCUUAUCCGCAGGUUAAGCAUUCAUGUACAGAGUUUUCGAUUUAUCGAGUCGAAAGUCUGUCGAAAAAACGGAAAUCUCAGUUGGAUACUCCCGAAGCGCGCCGAUUUUUCCAGCAGAUCAUCUCCGGUCUCGACUAUUGUCAUCGCCGCAAAGUCGUUCACCGGGAUUUGGUUUGCCAUCGAACAUCUUCCAAUUUUCAUUGUCUGAGAAUUUUCUAGAAGCCCGAAAAUAUCCUUCUCGACAACAAGAAGAACAUCAAGAUUGCCGAUUUUGGUGAGGAGGAAAAUUCGAGAAAAGUUCAAAAAAAAUUGUCAAUUUUUUUUUAAACCAUGAAAAACACUUUUUGUUUAAAUUUUCUCUGUAACAUCAAAAAUUUAGGAUUAAGUGGGGGAUAAGCUUUUCAUAAACCUAUUCUCGAUUUCAGAAAGUAAAUGAACUCGAUUAUAGGCCUAUCCAACUUCAUGCCGGACGGCGAUUUCCUGAAAACAAGCUGCGGAUCUCCAAACUAUGCCGCUCCGGAAAUAGUCAAUUCUUGGUUUUUUAAAUACCUAGUAGAAUUGCGCGCAGGCCGGCUCUAGGCCGCGUCGCGGCCUGCGAAGCGGUCAAAAUCUUGCCAAUUAUUGCAGUUUUCUGUCUCAAAAUGAUUUUCAAAAGAAUCGUUUAAUUGUGCAACGAGACCGGCCUGCGCGCAGUUCUGCUCUCUGGAACCUUUAUAAAAAGUAUGUUUUGCGUAGUCUUUACGCUGGUCCCGAGGUCGACAUUUGGUCGUCUGGAAUCAUUCUCUACGCUUUACUGUGUGGCCAGUUGCCCUUCGACGACAAGCACGUCACCACCUUGUUCCAGAAGAUUCGAGGUCGUUUUUCGGUUCUUGGUUUGUUUUGGACGGACUAUUUGGGAUAUUUCGGAGCUUCUCAACUUGAUUUUUAGGAUAUAGUUUUUUUUUGUAGCUUCGUGGUUUUUCAUAGAGUUCUGGCACAGUUUCCAAGUCUUUUGAGCCAAUUUAUGACUUUAAAAAAAGUCUAAUUAGGCGCAGACUUGUUCUUCGCCAUUUGGGUUUAGGCUGGGUUGGAAAAAAAAGGGCGUUUCGUUAAUAUUGAUUGAUUUCUCAGCAGAUAAUGAAAAAACAUGGUAUUUUUCAUGUAGAACUAACCAUCAAAAAAGCGACGCCCAUGAUGAAUAUUUCAAGAAGUUUAGGUCAAACUUAAAGAAGCUUUAGUAAGGAUUGAGAAAAUUUCCGAAAAUCGAUUUCUGGUUGAAUCAAGAAGCUAGCCGGAUAAUUCUUCUUUUUAAGUUUGAAAUUUGGAAAAAAAAAGUUUUGAAUAAAGCAAGCAAGAAAUCGUAUAGGAGAAAUAUGAAUGUUCAGCUGGCACCUACUACAUGCCACAUUAUGUCGAGCCACAAGCGGCCGACUUGAUCCGAAGCAUGCUUUGUGUGGACCCCAUCAAGAGGGCUACCAUGAAGGAGAUCAUGUUUUUUCAUCAGAAAGAUUAAAAAACAAAAACACUUCAGUCAUCAUCCCUGGUUCCGCAUUGAUCUGCCCAACUACUUGUUCCCGCCAAACACUCAUGCUCGUACAUCCAUCGUUGACAUCGAUAUCGUCAAGGAAGUGGCUGAGGUGUUUUCAGAGCCCCGGCUCGCGAGGCCGUGGUCGCGAUUGGAAUGGCUCGACGCGUAGCGGCUGCGAAGCGGUCUCUUCAGGGUGUAAACGAGGCCGGUCAGAAAUGAGCGUUGACCGCCGAUUUCAAUGAUAAGAUAGGAUUUGAAGCGAAAUGUCUCAUGGAAGUUUGUCAAAGAUUAUAUUUGCAAUUAUGAAUAUAUCUUAUGGAUCUUUCUAUUUUUUAUCAUAUUUUUAUAGUGAAAUAAACUGCAACAGUACCGCUUAUUUCUGACCAGCCAACCUGAUAAAUUGAUGAGAGCGUGAGAAUGCUAGCCAAUUUUGAACCCACCUCUAACCGUGACGCAACUUUUUGAGCCAUUCCAUGUGCAGCCACGGCGUUUUCUGCUGUUAUUGUUUUUGUUGGAAAAAUCAGUUUCAGCGCUAUAAAGUAACCGAAGAAGAGGUCACCAUCGCUCUGGUCUCUGACGAUCCGCAGAAUCCUCUCCUCAUCGCAUACAAUCUUUUCGUCGAAAACGUCAUUUCUGAUGGUUUUUGAUAAUUUUAAAGACACGAGGGAAAUUUGGUGUUUUCUAGGCCAUUCGAAGCCUCUGGCUCGUCUGCCGGUUGAAGAUCUUGGUGAGUUGCCAAGAAAAGAGGUCUAAUUGGAUGUUUUUCUAGCCUGAUUUUACAAAAAUGAGCCCAAAAACAAGCAAGACAGGUUGAGAAACUCUUAAUUUCAAAUCUUCCUCUCAUGCUUUUUUAUCACAUACUUUCGCGGUAAUUUUUGAGAGCUUAAGUAAACGGAAAGGAGUGAAAUCAGUUCCCCUUUGAAGUUUCACAGACCUUUUUCUAGGUUAAAUCUUCAGAGAAGCAGCUCGAACAACAGAGCCACAACAACAAGGCGGUGACGUUCGGCAUUCGGAAGGCCAAGUGGCAUCUCGGCAUUCGUUCUUCUAACCAACCACGUCCUUUUCCAUCUAUAUUAUUGGAUGUUAGCCCUUGAUUUUCCAGAUGAGAUCAUGAUGGAGGUGUUCAACGUGAUGCUGAAGCUGAACAUGGAGUGGAAGAUCCUCAACACCUAUCAUAUCAUUGUUCGUCGCAAACUGGAGCCAGAUUCCAAAGGAUCUUCGGGGAGUUGAAGUGAAAAAUCGACGAGAAAAUAGUGAAAUUUACUUGAAAAAACCUGUAAAGGUGAUUCACGAAUGGCUUGAGUCAUCGAAAAAGAGUCCUGACACGAUGAAAAAGGAGAUAGUACCUGGUUGGUCGGGAGCGCCGACAGGACACUCUCCUUAACGUCAUAAGCUAGCCGUGAAUCGGCUAUAUAAACCUUUUUUUAGCGUAAAUGAGUUCGAAUAAGUUGACAUUGAGUGUUUUAUACGGAAAUGCAAACCUUAUGGACGGGUGUUGUCAAAUCUGAGUGAAAAAGAAAAUAUUUCAUUCUGAACACUCAUUAACGGCAUAGCAUUGACUCUGUGUAUACCCUCGUAUCUGAAAUCUUCAAAUUUCAAGAAUCAUUGUGUUUCAGGCCAAAGCAUCGUUGCAGCUGUACAAACUCGACGACCGUAUGCACCUCCUGGAUUUCAAACAGCUCGUCGAAGACGAGUUCCUCGACGAGGACGAGCAGGCGAUCAAGGACGUCAAGUGGCAGUUGGGCGGCGGCCGUCAGAGCGCCUCCAGCUGCCUUUCGAACCAGGACUCGGCUAGUGAUACUGUGAGCCUUCUUUGAAGUCUUGGAAAACUAUAGAGCCAAGGGAAGUUUUUUUAGCCCUGUGGUUGAGUUUUUAAUGAAUAACCGUUGACCGGUACUCACUGGCAAAGUCGCAGCGAUCUUUCAAAGACCUUAAUUUCUUACCAAAAAGGUGGAAAGGAGCUCCUUCAGGCUCGUUUCAGCCUAUGUUGGCCCUUUUUGCUGCCUUUCACUUUCUUCAUCCUUUUUUGAGAGCCUUCGAAAUGAAAAAUAAUAAAAAGGCCGCAGAACGCAAUUCUUUUUGCGGCUUUUUUGCGCCCUUUUCGAUACUUCCGAAUUUUACAGUGAAAAUACGAUUAAAUAAAAAAACAGUAUAUUCAUUUUGCAAAAUAUUGAUUGCAUUCGAAGAUAUGUCAGAAGUUAGAUGAACCUUCAAAAACCUCACUUUUUUCUUUUUUCGUUUUCAAUCGAAAAAAUCAAUCAAUUUCAUCUUGAAAACUUUAUUUCAAAGUCGGAAAAAGAGUUCACUAUCUGAUUUUCAAAAUUAUUUGUGUUUCCAGGCGAAUCUCUCGUCGUUCACCGUUCAGUUUCUGGAGAUUUGUGUCUCGCUCAUCAACGCCUUGUCGGGAUAA